GUCGUCUUCCACUCUUCCUCCUCCCUCCCCCCCCCCCCGGAUCCAGCUCAGCUCUCGUCGCCCUGUGCUCUUCUUGAUCUGCUCACCCGUACUUGGGAGGAUCGAUCUGCUGCUAAGAGGAAGGGGAGUCGGGUCACAUGAUGAGAUGGGGGAGCAGCGGGCAGGCCGCGGAUUCCUUCUACCAGGUCCGCCCCGAUUGCAGCCAAAACGUCCCCAGCACCAGGUUCAAGAUCAAGGUCGGCAAGACACUGAGCGUUCGGAAAUGGCACGCUGCGUUCACGCGUGAAGGCUGCCUGGAUAUCGCUUCGGUUCUAAGCCGCAUACAGAGAGGGGGUGUCCACCCUGCCAUCAGGGGAGAGGUUUGGGAGUUCUUGCUUGGCUGCUAUGACCCCGAGAGCACCUUCGAUGAGCGGGAACAGAUUAGGCACAGGAGAAGGAUGCAGUAUGCUAGAUGGAAGGAAGAAUGCAGAGAGAUGGAUUCUCACGUUGGCAGUGGUAAAAUUGUCACCGCCCCAAUCAUCACUGAGGAUGGAGUCCCUAUUAAGGAUCCAUUGGUUUUACUCGAGGCUGCUUCGGACACACAAGCUACUUCCACCAGCAGCAGUGGAGCUGAGGUCAGCGACUCCCCGAACCGUGUCAUGGAUAAGAAAAUCAUUGAAUGGAAACUUACGCUGCAUCAGAUUGGCCUUGAUGUUCUACGCACUGACCGCUCCAUGGUAUUUUAUGAGAACAAAGAAAAUCUUUCAAAGUUGUGGGAUAUUCUAGCUGUCUAUGCAUGGAUUGACAAAGAAGUUGGUUAUUGUCAAGGAAUGAGUGAUUUAUGUUCACCCAUGAUAGUACUGCUCAAUGAUGAAGCAGAUGCAUUUUGGUGCUUUGAGAGGUUGAUGCGUAGGCUGCGAGGGAAUUUCAGAUGCACACAGCAGUCUGUUGGAGUGGAAAACCAGCUUCAACAUCUUGCUUCUAUUAUUCAGGUGCUCGACCCAAAGUUACAUGACCACCUAGAAACACUUGGUGGGGGUGACUAUCUCUUUGCAUUUCGCAUGUUCAUGGUACUGUUCCGGCGAGAACUGUCAUUUGGGGACUCCUUGUACCUUUGGGAGAUGAUGUGGGCUCUAGAAUACGAUCCUGACAUCUUCUCUACUUAUGACGAAGCUGGGGUGGCAACCCACAAAAUUGAAGGAUUUAAACCAAAGGUAAAAUCAAUACGUCAGUUUGGCAAGUACGAGAGGGAGAAUAUGAAGAAUGGGGCAAAUGAUGGUGAUGGACCUGUCCCUAUUUCGGUUUUCCUGGUUGCUAGUGUUCUGAAAGAGAACGGUCCAAAGCUGCUGCAAGAAGCUCGAGGGAUCGAUGACGUUAUCAGGAUAUUGAACAAUAUUAACGGGGACUUGGAUGCACAAAGGGCUUGUGCUGUUGCACUGAAGCUUCACAAGAAGUACCUCAAAAAGUUGCAGGGAAAGAAAACCUAACAUCAGGUGGUGAGAGGCUGUAUAUGGGACUUGCCACAAGCCCACAACCACAGGCCGGGGGUUGUAAAGAGCAAGAGAGUGGUAGUUGUUAUGUGUAAAGAGUAUUGACCCCAUGAUUGUUCCCGGCUUCCUUCCAUGUAUCGAGUGAAUGAAGACAGAAUAAGGUAAUCGUCCACUGUAGGUUAGUAUUCUGUUCAACGAUGGAAGUUGAAAUGUAUUACUUGCCCACACUCGAACGAACAGACGAAAAUUGUUGACUUGUGGUAAUGAAUUGUAAAAAAUACAUUAUUUUGCCCCUUA